ACUGAGAUUAUCUGAUACAGCUUGCACUGUGCUUGGGCAAAGUUCAUCUUCAGCUUGCUUUGAAGGUCAGGCAUGUGAUCUGAACCAGUUAGCUAUUUUACAGCCCUUAAAUGUGAUCUUUUUUGGGCUUUUUCUUUUUUGAGUUGGGGCUAAGUUAUUUCAUCUAAUUCUGGUGGGUAUUUGAGGGAUUGGUAUUAGGAGUGGAAGACUAUUGAGUGAAUUUCUUUGCUCUUUGGCUAUGUAAGGGGUGUUGCAGUGUUUUUUUAGUUUUGAUUGUUAUCUUUGACUAAUUUUAUGAGCCGGGUUUGGGUUAUUUUGAUGAUUUUUGGUGGUUUUUUGAGGGAAAAAUGUGAAAGUGAAGGACUAAUGGAGUUUGGAAGGGGGGGAGGAAGCAAAGGGUGUUUGGUGAAAUUCGAGCUUUGGGGUUUUGAUGAUUUCUUUGUCUGAGUUUAGGGUUUCGGAAGAUGGUAGUAGGUGGUGACGGUGUAAAAGGGGAGUCUUGGGAUGUGGGAAAAUCAAAGGGUAGCAAGAAGAAGAAGAAGAAAGGAAUUGAUGUGGAGGAGACUGGGUGUUGGAUUAAGUUUAGGUUUAUUGGCAGCUGCAUUUAUUCAAGAUCUAAAGUUGAUAGCUCUAUCAGUGGAAUCAGCACUCACUGUGAAAAUAAAUCUAUAAAUGAUACCAGCAAAGACCAACCGGUUGCUCCUGUUGUCUCAUCAAGUGCCACAAGUAACACAGAGAGUAAUUCUUCCCCUUCAAAACUUGAUGAGGAACUUAAAGUUGCUUCUCGGCUUCGGAAGUUCACAUUUAAUGAUCUUAAGUUUGCUACGAGAAAUUUUAGGCCGGAGAGUCUUCUUGGUGAAGGGGGAUUUGGCUGUGUUUUCAAGGGGUGGAUUGAAGAAAAUGGGACUGCACCGGUGAAACCUGGCACAGGACUUACUGUAGCUGUGAAAACCCUGAAUCAUGAUGGGCUUCAGGGUCACAAAGAAUGGCUGGCUGAAGUGAGCUUUCUUGGAGAUCUCAUUCACCCUAAUUUGGUUAAAUUGAUUGGCUAUUGCAUCGAAGAUGAUCAAAGGCUGCUAGCAUAUGAGUUUAUGCCUCGCGGAAGCUUGGAGAGCCACCUCUUUAGGAGGUCUCUACCUCUACCAUGGUCCAUCAGGAUGAAAAUUGCUCUUGGUGCUGCAAAGGGUCUCGCUUUUCUUCACGAGGAGGCAGAAAGGCCAGUGAUAUAUCGGGAUUUCAAAACCUCCAACAUUUUAUUAGAUGCAGAUUACAAUGCCAAGCUAUCUGAUUUCGGACUUGCCAAAGAUGGUCCUGAGGGAGACAAGACUCAUGUCUCUACACGUGUGAUGGGAACCUAUGGUUAUGCUGCCCCAGAAUAUGUAAUGACAGGACACCUUACAUCAAAGAGUGAUGUCUACAGUUUUGGUGUAGUUCUGCUUGAGAUGAUGACUGGUAGAAGAUCAAUGGACAAAAGCCGCCCUAAUGGAGAACAUAACCUUGUGGAAUGGGCACGAACACAUCUGGGAGAGAGAAGAAAGUUCUAUCGCCUGAUAGACCCACGUCUUGAAGGUCAUUUUUCGGUAAAAGGUGCCCAGAAAGCGGCACAGUUGGCUUCACGCUGCCUUAGCCGGGAUCCAAAAGCCAGGCCUCUCAUGAGUGAAGUUGUUGAAGCCUUAAAGCCUCUACCGAGCCUCAAGGACAUGGCUAGCUCAUCGUAUUACUUCCAGACCAUGCAAGCUGACUGCAUUGGAUCCAGCCCAAAUGCUAGAAAUGGGAUUCGAACCCAGGCCAGAAUGUUUACCCGAAAUGGUCAGCAACAUCCGAGAAGCCUCUCAAUUCCAAAUGGUUCUCAGGCCUCUCCAUAUCACCACCAGUUCCUUCACAAUUCACCAAAACCUAAUGGUAAACCAUAGCACUGGGUUGAUAAUUUAUCUGUUUCUUAUACCUCAUAUAAUUCAUUUCUUUUCCUUUUUUCCAUGAAAAUUAUAUGUUGCCGGGCAAAGAAACAGAGGAACACAUUUGCCUUUUGUUGUGGUCUUUAAGAGUAGUGUACCUUCGAGUCGGGGAGAAUGUAAUGUAAGGAGAGCUGAAGUCUAUGAAGUAAAUGUUUGGAGACUGUCUCCCUCAGUCCCUCCCUCCAAUGAGUUUUUUUACUCAUUGCGACUGCAUGUUAUACUUGCAUAUGAUCUGAAUACAUACCUCCCAAGUAAUGCAUUGACAUGAC